CCCGCUCCCGCCUAUAAAUUGCCUUCCACCCUUCGAACUCCUCUUAGAUAAGGCUGUCCUUCUCUUCCCUUCGAUAAUCAUCACCUUGGAAGCCUCUUCACGUGAAUCUUCUCACCUCCCCCCACCCGUGAUCCGCCGACUCCAGCCAUCCAUUUCGAAUCGCCGGAUCCGAUCGGACGCCGGCAGCGGCUGCAGUGGCGGCAUUCUAUAGAUCCUAGAUAUCGUGGGUGGCGUUGGGCGCCGGAGAGCGGCGGCGAUGUCGCCACGGGCGAAGAAUGGGUCCCCGGAGAUCGAGUACGAGUUGGAGGAGCCGAUUGCGUCGUCGCGGGGGAUCCGCCUUUUCCUGCUCACCUCCGAAUUCGCCCUCGGCCCCCUCCGCCGCCGCCGGGCGACCAGCCAGGAGAAGCUUCUCGAGCGCUUCGUCAUCGAACCCGAUAACCGGU